UCCUCAUAUGGCCCUGGCACUGCCCCCCGCCCCCUCAGGCUCCCGACGUAAUAUAUCCUGCGACUUUGUGACGUCAUCUAACACAAGGGGUGGAGCGAGAGGAGGCCAGCUGGUUAACCAUUUCCUACCCGGUUCUGGUCCGUUGAUGGGGUCACCGCUGGGCUGCGGGAGGAGGCCAGGAGGGGGCACACCCGAGUGACGUACAGCCGGGCGUACCGGCCGCCCCACCAGAGCCAUGGUACCAUGGAGAGGUAUUUACUUUGUCUGCACUUUGUUUCUGGGAAGUUUUUUCGGGAGCAUUUUCAUGCUCGGCCCAUUUCUGCCUUUGAUGUUUGUGUCUCCGAGCUGGUAUCGGUGGCUGACUGAUCGGAUCGUGGCAACAUGGCUGACCCUCCCCGUGGCUUUGCUGGAGCUGGUAUUUGGCGCCAAAGUGGUUAUUACGGGAGAUGGAUUUAUUCCGGGGGAGAGGAGCGUUAUUAUCAUGAACCAUCGGACCAGGCUCGACUGGAUGUUUCUAUGGAAUUGCUUAUUAAGAUACAGUUACCUCAGGCUGGAAAAAAUCUGCCUCAAAUCCAGCCUUAAAGCCGUCCCGGGAUUUGGUUGGGCCAUGCAGGUCGCCGCCUUCAUUUUUAUUCGCAGGAAAUGGGAAGAAGAUAAGGCGCAUUUUGAAGCCAUGUUGGAUUAUUUUUGUGACAUUAAGGAACCACUUCAACUUCUGAUCUUUCCAGAGGGCACUGAUCUGACAGAGAAUACCAAAGCCCGCAGUCACGUGUUUGCAGAGAAGAACGCCCUUGAGAAGUAUGACUACGUCCUGCACCCGCGCACCACGGGCUUCACCUUCAUUGUCCAUCGUCUGAGAGAAGGUAACAACCUGGACGCCAUCCAUGACAUCACCGUGGCCUACCCUCACAACAUUCCUCAGACCGAGAAACACAUCCUCAAGGGGAACUUCCCCAAGGAGAUCCACUUCCAUGUCCGUAGGUAUCCCGUCAGCAGCCUGCCCACCUCUAAGGAAGACCUCCAGCUGUGGUGCCAGGAGCGCUGGAAGGAGAAGGAGGAGCGGCUGCGGACAUUCUACGAAGGAGACCGAUACUUCGACGUCACCAGGCGCAGCCGGAUCCCUCCCUGCAAAUCAGAACUCAGGGUGCACGUGAUAAAGUUUGCCUCGCUGCUGUACUGGACCUCCUUCACCCUCGUCUCCUUUUACCUAAUCUACCUGUACAGCAUGGUGCGGUGGUACGCCCUCGCCAUGAUUCUCAUCUUCGUCCUUCAGGAAAAGUACUUUGGGGGACUCGAGCUCAUCGAGCUGGAGUGCCACCGGCAUCACAGCGCCCGGCAAGCUGCGGCGGGCAAGCAAAAAUAACACCGGGCCGUCUAUUUAUGAUACUUUUUGUAUUGUCUACCAUAUUGUGCAUGUGAACCGGGUAACCUGAGGCGCUCCAAAAUGCUUUGCGUAUGUAGUUCACAGCACCUGGGAAGCCUCUGGUUACCCGCUCUUCAUGGAAAUUUUACAAUAAUCCCACCAUCAACAUGGUAAGGUAACAUUGGAGAGAGUCCGGAGGUCGGAAUACUUUGCCAAUUCUCUAAAUUCGGUAACGAGACAAUCUUCUUCAGAACCCUCCAUCCCUUAGGACCAUGUUUCAUAAUCAGAAUGCCUCCAACAGUUGCUAAACUACAACUUCCAACAUGUCCGGACAGCCAACGGCUGUCCGGGCAUGCAGGGAGUUGUAGUUUUGCAACAGCUGGAGGCACACUGGUUGGGAAACACUGCUCUGAGCAUUGUUUUUGGUCUCCCAUCCACUGCCCAGAACAUGAUACCUGCUGCUUAGCAUGCUGGGAGUUGAAGUUUUGCAGUAACACACUGUUUGGGAAACCCUACUCUGAGCAUUGCUCUUGGUCUCCCAUCCAUUGCCCAGACCACGACACCUGCUGCUUAGCACAUUGGGAGAUAGAAAACACUGCUCUAAGCAUUAUUGUUGGUCUCCCAUUCACUGCCCAGACCAUGAUACCUGCUGCUUAGCAUGCUGGGAGUUUACAUUUUGCAACAACUGGGGGCACACUGGUUAUGUAAACACUGCCUUAUCGGAGGUUCAGGACGAUUCCCCGUUUCCUCCACAGUGCUUAUCACUGCAGCUCUGCUUGUUCACAUUGCCUUUUGGUUUUCGGCUCAAGCUCAGCUUGAAAUUCUUGUUUCCGCUUGUCUUUCUUGAUUUUGAUAGUUCUAGUUCUCAAAAGAGCUAUUCAUUGUUGUCACUGGGGGUUCUGAAGAAGUUUCUGACCAGCACCAGGAGGGACUCUCUAGGGGCAAGACAUCUUCUUUCUGGGAACAGAUAGGAGUCCUCAAUCUGUCUGAAAGGUGGGGUUCCCAUAUAUAUAUAUAUAUAUCUCAAGGUAUCUUCACUACUGUAUUUUUAAAGGGGUACUCUGGCAAAAAACAUCUUAUUCCCUAUCCAAAGGAUAGGGGAUAAGAUGUCUGAUCGCAGGGGCCCCGCCGCUGGGGACCCCCAUGAUCUCCUGUGCGGCACCCCAGUCAUCCAUGCAUGGAGUGAACUCCGCUCCGUGCUGGAUGACUGACCGUUACGUACUAGCCGCCACGCCCCCUCUCAUGGACAUAAAUGGAAGGGGUGUGGCGUGACGUUACAAACACGGAAGCUCCAAGCUUCCAUGUUCCGGACACCGACGCUGCUGGCCUGGAGAUCGCGGGACCCCUGCAAUCAGACAUAUUAUCCCCUAUCCUUUGGAAUGGAGAUAAGAUGUUUUUCGCCGGUGUACCCCUUUAGGGUCUAUUCACACGUACAGUAUUCUGCACAGAUUUGAUGCGCAGGAUUUCAAUUCAUUCAGUUUACAUUGAAAUCUGCAGCAGAAAAUCCUGCGCAUCAAAUCUGCGUAGAAUUCUGUACGUGUGAAUAGACCCCUAAGGAACAUUUUACCCGUGUUCAUAGGAAAAAAAAUAGGAGAUAAAACACUUUCACAACAGUAAAAUAUACUGCAUCGCUGAAUGUACUCGAAGGGUUAAAGGGGUUACCCGGCGUUUUGCAAAAUUCAUAUCCUGUCGGGUGUGUGAAAUAAUAAUAAAAAAAAAAAAAAAAAAGCUAGACUUACCUAGCCCUGGUCCCCCACAGCUACCAAUCGUCUCCGUCCAGUCCCCUGAUCUUCUGUCUUCUUUCUGCUUCCAAGAUGAGCACUUUGUACAGGACCUGCUGGCUCAGCCAAUUACUGGCAGCGGGAGUGUCCCACCUCAGUCAGGGAUUGGCUGAGUCAGCAGGUCCUGCUCCAAGCACUCGUCUUGGAAGAAGACAGAAGAGCAGGGGGACUGGGGCUAGGAAAAUAUUACUUUUCUUUUCUAUAUAUUCCAGCAGGAUAUGAAUUUUCACCAAACACCUGAUAAAACCACCUGAACACUUUGUCCUUUUUUUUACCGGAUCUCCCAUAAAAUGCAGGAAUUGUGUUUUUACACGAAAGUUUUUUGCAUUGUGUGUUCAGUAGACAAUCAGUAGUUUUCUUUAUACUUUAUCUAUGUGUGUUUUGCGCCAUUGUUUACCUUCAAUAUUUAAUUAUUUUGUUUUAUUGUUUCAUUUAAUGAAGUCCUGCCAGAAAGAGGAGCAGUCGGUGAGCGGCAGAUAUAUGCCUAUUAUGAAUGUAUUCAGUUGCGUCCAUUAACAGAUCAUGCUGAGGGGUCCGACCUCUGGAAUCUCCUCGAAUGCUGAGAAGGAAGAGGUUAGAUCAGUGAUUCAACACUGUGUACCAUUGUAUGGUUGGCUAUAAAUAUAAGAUGAAUGAGCGCUCAGGCAACAGGUAUCUCUUAUGGAACCCCCCCCCCCCCCCCCCCAACACGCACGCUCAUACAGUCACCUCCCCAAACAUGCAUGUGUUCUCAAUUAGGAGAAAACCAUUACCAUACACCUCCAAUGGCAGCUUAUCUCCCUGAGGACAAAAGCAUCAGGCAGUUGCGUUGGUCACGAUAUCCAUUAGAUGGUUGGCUGACCACCAACACAACACCUAACCCACCCCCCUUCAUUUGGAGGUCUUUGAUGGUCCGAGAUUUUGUAUCCCCACGUAUAUCUUUGUGAUAUGUCAUCACUUUAUGAAGAUGGUACUGAUGCACUACUGUAAAUGCCCGUGUUUCAGAUAUGUCCUUUUUGUAUUCACCUGGAGGACUCCAACCUAAGCCAACUCAUUUCUGGACAAUCGGUGUCGUCGAAAAGCAGAAUAAAUUCAGUAAAAAUUAAACAGUUACCCAUGAUUAGAAGUCCUCUCCACAAACCCUUACGGUAGACUUGGUGUUUAAUCUAAAUAGCACAAUCAGAAACUAGAAUUGGUUGCUCUAUAAGUUAGUACAGUCCAUCUCUUAUAGACCCACAUUAAAGGGGUACUCCGCCCCUAGACAUCUUAUCCCCAGCGGUGGGACCCCCGCAAUCUCCCUGCUGCACUAGGCGUUCGUUUAGAGUGUCGGGUGCAGCACAGGAGGCUUUUGACGUCACAGCCACGCCCCCUAAAUGCAAGUCUAUGGGAGGGGGCAUGACAGCCCCGUCACACCCCCUCCCAUAGACUUGCAUUGAGGGGGCCUGGCCAUGAUGUCACGAGCGGGGCUUGACCAUGCCAUCACAAGCCUCCGCCCGCAUCGCUAGUCAUCCAGCAUGGAGGGAAGUUCGCUUCAUGCACCAGAUGUCUGGGGUGCCGCAGCCGAGAUCCUUUGGAUAGGGGAUAAGAUGUCUAGGGGCGGAGUACCCCUUUAUGUUACUAGACAUCAAAUGGAAUAAGGUGACCAACGUGAGAAAAGGGUCCAUUGCUUUGUAGAACUUCGAGACUGGCUUUAACCAAACCAUUAGCAUUGAUGUUAAGAAAUAGGACCUCACCAACCUUUCUGGUUCCUGGAAUAAACCUUCAACAAAAUAUGGCUGCCCUACUUUCUGCCCUACUGGUCAUGUUUUGUAAUCGAGCAUUGUUUCAGUGAGGGAAUCUUUUGGACCAUUGUCUUCUAGAUAUAGUCUUCCCUAGUCUACCGUAAAAAUGUUGAACUGGAAUCUGUACUUUCAUAGUCUUUCUGGCACAACAGGUCUCAUCAUGGGUCAAGCAGCCUCAAUUUUCCAGUCUUGUACAUCUCCUCCGUCCAAGCAGUGGCCCCGGACUCAUGUGUUGCCCAUCAUGGCAUCGGUGACCCAAGGUGUCUGGUCUUUGAUAUUGGAAUAUGAAUUUUGGAUAAGACCUGUAUUGACUCUGGAUCCUUUGUAUCCUUAUCGUUGAAAACAAUUCUCUAGUCUUUUGUAGCUCAUCACUCAUUUUCAGCUCUUACAAAGCCACCUUCAUGCUACAUGAUAUCCCAGGACUGGAUCACAAUCUGGAACCUUCUCAAGACCAGAACCAGAAGACUCAACACAGAGAAUCCAUUAUCUGUCCAAUAAACUGCUUUCCAUCUAAUCCCAUGAAUAAUAGAUAAGAAAAAAUCUUAUUGUACCUUGUGUAAAAGUCAGUCUGGUUUUUUGAGCAUUUGAAACAAUAUGAAUGACUUUUCAGGAAGAAUCGGAUAAGAUGAGAUAAAACGUUGUAACGUAUUGUGUUGCAAUUUAGUGCCUGUAUGAAAGUUUGAGGGUCCUUGCGGCGCACUAUAAUUUUUCGGACAUGUUGGGAAGAUAUUUUGGCAUGGACUUAACUCAAAGGGUGUUAUCCAGAACCUUUCACACUUGUCCUAUUUAGGAGGCGACCUAUUUCCUCUUCUUUUUUGGUUUUCAGGAAACCUUUUCGGAGAUAAAUCGAUGGUUUAUGACAUAUUUCCUUUCUACCUCUUAAAGUUUCUUUCCAACUUUUGGUGGAAAAUGUAUGAAGAUCUGCGUGAUGUUUAUGGAUCUUCUUCCUCGCUAUUAGAGGUUGUUACCAAUGAGGCCACAAUGUUCUUGUCAACUACAAUCUCACGAAUUUGGAAGUUAGAACAGAAACUUCUGUCCUGGACCAUGAUCAGGAAAAUCAGCUAUGAAAUCCUUAAAGGGGUACUCCACCCCUAGACACCCAGCAUUUGUUUAGAGCGUCGGGUGCAGCACCCGUGACGUCACAGCCAUGCUCGUUAUGUCAUGGCCAUGCUCCCUCAAUGCAAGUCUAGGGAGGAGGGGGUGUGACGGCCGUUACGCCCCCUCCCAUAGACUUGCAUUGAGGGGGCAUUAUAUAUAAAACAAUGUUGAUCAUUGGAGAACCUCAAUCUAUCGGGUAAAACCAAACCCUUACGUAAAAUAUGCACCAAAUCUGGAUUAGUUCUUGAGUGGAAAUUGCUGAAGGUGCAUACAAAAGCAAACUCCAAAAGCCAAAUCGGCCAAUUUUAGCAUAACUGGCCACUUUUGUUCUUCUUAUAACCUGCUGUUAGAGGUGUCUGGCAGCAACUUAUUCCCGUCUGCCCAUUGAGAACACAUGCACACUUGGCCCAACCGAGCACGUGCAUUUAGAGGAAGGCCUGAUGAUGGAACGUUUAACUUACAGCCUUUAAAAGUGUAUUGGGGUGGGGGGAGAGUUAACCCUUCGAUGAAGACUAUAAAGUGUAUGGGGGGGGGGGUUAACCCUUUAAUGAUGACUAUAUGACCUAGAUCAGUGUUCGCCAAACUAUGGGUGUUGCACGUAUGUUGCAAAACUACUAAGUUUGCCACCAGUGGAGGUCCACAGUUUAAGGGUACGUUCCCACACGGCGUAUACGCAGCGUAUUUGACGCUGCACAAAAUUUACGGCAGCAGCGGGAAAUACGCUGCGUAUUCCUCGCUCACUAUACACACAGGGCUUUCCGGCGGCAGCCCUAUGUGUGCAAUGAGUUUUGGAGGCAGAGCUGCACGUCACAGUCACGCCGGCACACGGCCCCGCCUCUAAAACUCACUACACGCGUAGGACUGCCACCGG